GACCAGAUAUGAUUUCUGAAUCUUUGAAUCGCUUCUCAAAGUAAUUCAAGUUCGCAAUGCAGAUUUUCUUUAUCUCUGUUGUACUCUGGUUAAUCGAAGAUGUUAUUGGCAUGCAAUCAUUUGGUGAACUAAGACCUGGGAUGGUGAUCUCAUCUUGUUACUACUCGGAGAGUGUAUUUUCAACAAGUCUAACUACUUGUACUUUAUCGUGUCUUGAGAAAUCGACCUGUACCGCAGCGACUUACCAUGACAUUGAGAAGAAAUGCUUCUUAACUUCUCAUCCGAAAAAACAGUUAACAUACCUACCCAGCACUGAUAAUGUUACCACUGUGACAAUAGUCCCGUGUAGUCGGCAGCCGUCAAUUUGUCAAAAUAACGGCAUUUGUGUACCAACAGACGAUGUGAUAGAUGGAUAUAAAUGCAUCUGUGAAGAACAUUGGGAAACGAAGCACUGCGAAAAGCCAAUCGAACGUUGUGCUGAACACUUCAAGCACUACGAACCAACAAAUCUCUGCUAUUAUACAUCGAUUCAUCAAUUUACGUAUGAUCAAGCCAUCACGAAAUGUCAAAGUUUAAAUGCAACACUAGCAAUAGGUAACAGUCGCAUUAAAAUCGACACCAUCUUGGAAAUUGCGAAAGAAAACGGAGGGUGGUACCUUAUUGGUUUGAAGAAAAUUAAUGGUGUUUGGCAAUGGACGGAUGGGACAACAAAUUUUAUUCAGUGGAGACCGUCUGAACCUAGUGGUGAUGGCAACUGUUCUACCACCUUCCCUGAUGGUUACAAACUGAAUGAUGUAUCUUGCAUGAUUCCAAGAAAUAUUUUAUGCGAACAGAAUCCUUUGUAUUAGUUAUCUGUUGUAUGACACGCUAUUUAUUCGUAGUAGUAGCGGCAAUCAUGUUUUGGUGAAAGUUUUUUUUUUGUGGAACUGGAAUUAUCCAUAAUCCCAUAUUUCAAAUUAGGAUGAAAAUAAAUUCGAUUCGGUUAAUGAA